AUGGCGAAAGUCCCACGAGAGGUGGGUGGCUGUAUAGCCUUGCCGAUAAAUCUACCGGUCAGAAAAUCGUUCCCCGAACAAACAAAGCACUAUCUUUACAUUCGACCGCAUGAUCCCCAGAUCCCAGAUGAAGAUGCACCAAGGUCAUUAUUCUUGGUCAACAUCCCUGUCACUGCGACCGUGCAGACCUUGAGACACCUGUUUACGACGCAGCUAGAAGGAGGCAGAGUAGAAAGCGUACACUUCGCCGAAAAAGCUCCCGGUCAGACCAGCACUGCAGUCACACGUUCCAGCCGCAAGAGGAAGCGGAUGACGGCGGAAGAACUGGAGGCUGGGCUGGACAAAUACUCUCUCCCGAAGGUCUUCGACUCGGAAAUCCACGGUACAGGCUCCACGGCUAUUGUGGUCUUCGUGGAUCGCGCGAGCAUGGAACUGACCCUCAAAACCGCACGACGCGCUGUGAAGACGGGCGCUACCAUUGAAUGGGAAGAUACGGCACAGUCCACCAGCCCUCGAUUUGGUCUGACGAGAUACGAACAUCACAAGCACUUAAAAUUUCCCUCGAGGAAAAAACUCUUGAGAAGCGUGAACGGCUUCAUGACAGCAUAUGCACAAAUGGAAGAGGCGCGGUCCAGAGAAAACACCAGGAAACGACAGAUGCCGGACGAGGAUGGCUUCAUCACCGUCACCCGUGGCUCAAAGGGCGGCGCCCGCGCUGAAGAAAUCAAAGAGCUUGCCGAAAAGCACAAAGAGAAGAAUAAAGGUCUCGAGGACUUCUACAGAUUCCAGAUGCGCGAGAAACGGAAGGAACAGCAUCAUAAGAUGUUGAGGAAGUUCGAGGAUGAUAAGCGCAAAGUCAACGAGAUGAGGCAUCGACGUGGCACGCUGAAGGUAAAGAUAUAA